AUGGGCUCCAUCAACGAUACACCGUCUCAGCAACCACAUGUGCCCAGCCCGGGUGUAUGGUGUCCUUCCGUCACAUUCUUCAACCACGCAGACGACACAGUAGACUAUGAUUCUCAAGCCAAGUACUAUGCCCAUCUCGCAGACUCAGGCCUAAACGGCCUUAUCGUCAUGGGCUCCAACGCUGAGGCCUUUCUCCUCACCCGCGAAGAGCGCUACGAGCUCAUCGCCCUCGCUCGCAAGACCAUCGGCCCCGACUUUCCUCUCAUGGCUGGAGUUGGAGCCCAUUCUACCAAGCAGACCCUCGAGCUUGCGGAAGAUGCUCACAAGGCUGGCGCAAAUUACCUCCUCGUCCUACCUCCGGCCUACUUUGGCAAAGCUACCAGCAUGAGCGUUGUCAAGCGUUUCUUUGCUGAGGUUGCGCAAAAGUCUGCUCUGCCCAUUGUUAUCUAUAACUUCCCCGGUGUCACAAACGGUGUGGACCUCGAUUCCGAGACAAUCGUCCAGAUUUAUGAAGAGAGCAAGAAGUCUCACCCCAGCGGAAAGUCCAAUAUUGUGGGCGUCAAGUUGACCUGCGGCUCUGUUGGCAAGAUCACACGUCUGGCAGCUCAAAUCCCUUCCAAGGAGUUUUCCACAUAUGGAGGCCAAUCCGACUUCCUCAUCGGCGGUCUGGCAGCGGGCAGCGUUGGCUGCGUAGCUGCAUUCGCCAACGUAUUCCCUACCCUUACAUCCAAGAUCUACUCUCUGUAUAAAGAGGGCAAGUUUGACGAGGCGCUCAAGCUACAGCAGCUUGCUGCUCUUGCGGAACGACCGUGCAAGGCAGGCGUGGCAUCGACCAAGUAUGCUGUUGCAGUGUACUCUGCCAGGCUAGCCGGUGUUGAGGGUGCGGUGGAGAAAUUAGCGCCGCGACAUCCGUAUGAGCCUGUUGGUGAUGCUGUUAAGCAAAGCGUUCAGAGCAUCAUGAAGGAGGCUGGUGAGAAGGAGGAGGAGCUGUUGAAGACGUGGACAGAUCGCGUCAAGGGACGUUUGAACUAA